CGCAUUCGGUGAACGUCUCUGGUCGCGCACGCGUCGGCCGCCUUGGCUCCCCAACGUCCCUUCAAAAUUAUUAGAGUUUCCUUUGAGUUUUCUUCUCAAUUGUCGGUAAUUAAGUCUCGUGUGUCUUUUUAUGAAGUGUGUCGAUAAUCUGUGCCGUGUUAAACUCUUCUGUUUCCUGAAUUCACUCACCAUGAGGUCUCGAGGUUUCGCCGGUACACGCGUUCGGAAGUUCGGAACUGCAUCGCGCGAUUCGCCUUCCGUCUCGUCAUGUUUUCAUUUUGAUCGCAUCGUUUUGUAUUUCGUCGUGCAAUUAAAUCGUGCGGAAAUUCGGUUAGUCGUGGUGUUAUUUCGUCUGCGUUGUUUUGUAUCUCGUCGUGCAAUUAAAUCGUGCGGAAAUUCGGUUUGUCGUGGUGUGAUUUCGUUUGGAGAUGUGGACAUUUCGCGUCGGUUUCUCCGGUCAAAGCGAAGCUUUUCAACUUCACGCAGAACUGAAUCUUGUGAUGGGCUCUCUCGAUGGGAAAUUUUGGCUACUACUGCUUCUGUUUAUCACGGUUUGUUCAGGUUUAGUGACAGUGUUAUGAGUGCUUUCAGCGUGGCGUCGGGCAAUUGGAUAACCCUCUCCUGGAGUGCAUGUCGCCAGCUGCUUAUCGGAGUGCAUGUCGCCAGCUGCUUAUCGGUGAGUUUGAGAUUUGUUUAA